AUGGUCAAGACCAUUCUCGACCACGCUAACGCAUGCAAUCGGAAGGUUCCAUCCAAGCAAAUGUACGAAUAUCUCAAAGAAACCGGAUAUGAGUACGGUCCCAUCUUCGCCCGAUGCGAUGAACAGCGUAUUCACUCUACUCUGAAGCAUGCUACGGCCACAACUAGUCUAUACAAUACGCCUGAUCAAGAGCACGUUGUUCAUCCCGCAUCUCUCGACGCCAUCUUCCAUCUUGCCUUCACAGCUCUGACGUCGGGUGGUUGCUCAUCCAUGGCAACCAGCGUGCCGUCGCGCAUUGAAGUUACAUCAGUGACUGGCCGUGGAUUUAUCGUUGCGGGAGGCUCGGUGUCUGCUGACAAUGGCAAUAAUCUACGAGUCUGGUUUCAACAUUUUGAACUGGCCAACAUUACCUCAACACCUUCUUCGCUCGCUUUUGUAGCAGACCCGAAGCAGUUCUGUAUGAAUGUUGAGCAAAGGCUGGCUAUAGACAAGCUUGACAACUGCCAGCUUCCGGAUUAUCUGCACAAGAUUCAUCCAGAAGAUCGAGAUCUGACUGCAUUUUACGACGAUGUGGCCUUGCUUAUCAACCAUUCCGUACAUGCGCUUCUAGCAUCUGUUGAUCCUAGCGUCAUUACGGCAGACUCUGGCAAGGGUGAUUGGAAGCGACGCUACUGGCAAUGGGCAAACCACCAUGUUAUGGAGGGUCGCCUUGGCGCAUUGCCUGCGCUCACUGAGAGCAUCGACACGGUGCUUGACCGAGUCAAGUCUGCGAACAGAAUGGGACGUCUCUAUGCCAAAGUGGCUUUGCAUCUUGUUGAGUCUUUUAGGGAUAGUGUAACGCCUCUGGACCUUUUAAUACAAACUGGGCUUCUCAUGGAGUACUACGACGAGUUGAUGACGUACAGAUGCAUGAAGCAAGCAACAACAUUUGUCGACCUCCUAGCCCACCAAAACGACGGCAUGAAAGACUUGGAAGUGGGUGGAGGCACUGCUGCUGCAACUCCCCAGCUGAUCAAAGCACUGUCUAUGAAUGGCCCUCCUGGCGUGAUAGAAUCGUCCAGUUCACCUGGGUCCCUUCGCUGCGACCAGUACUGCUUCACAGACGUGUCGCCAACAUUCCUGGAAAAGGCGCGGGACGAGUUCUCCGUUCACCAAUCUCAAAUGGCAUUCCAAACUCUUGACAUCGAGAAGGACUUUUCUGAGCAAGGGGUUUCUGAAGAAGGUCAAUGA